AUGUCGCAUGUGAGGAACAUAAAGGAAAUGGUAAUUUACGGGCUGUGCGAGGGCCAUAGGAAAUUAAAGAAUAAGAUGCCCUCCGGAGUGGACACUAUUCCUAGCUUCAUAGUCGAAGAUUGCAUUCACGCUCUUGCUAGACCACUUUCUGUUAUUUUCAAUCUGAUGGACUUCACUGUGGAUUUCAAGGACGGAAACAGAAAAUUCGUUAAUGGGGGCAGCUCCCUAGUGGCAGCUUUCUUUUGUUGUUGUCACAGGAAGCUGUUUUUAUGAACAAUGUUUGUCCAACAAAGACGUCUGCGAAGAGAAACUUCAA